UAAUCUCUGUAUUUCAGUUUGAUAAUAGAUCUCAUCGCUCAUUUUCCUUAAUUCUCCGUUUCAUCUCAAUCUGCCGCGAAUUGAAUUAUAUUUGCAGUUAAAUUUGUUGCCGCUUUGUGUUUACGACGAAGAAGACGGAAAAAGGAGACAGAAACCCUAGCCCUAGUUUGUUUAAUCAUCGAUCUGAAACCAACCCACGACUCAGAAACUUGUUCUGUUUCAUACCCAUAUUUUAGAAAUUUCAAGAUCUACGGAUGAUUGUCUUUUUCAUUUUGUCGCGGUUAUGGCGGUUCGUGGGUGUUUUUCAGGUUUAACAAAUGUUUGAGGUAUUAGAUUCAUAAAUUGGAUAAUAAUUAAGUUCGUAUCUGGUCGUAAUUGUUAGUCAUCUGCUUGAUUCUUGUUGUCCCUGUAGUGGGUUUCAGUGAAAUUGAAGUUCUAAUUCUAGUUAUUCAGUUUUCAAUGCUGCGGUUGAAUGCAAGAUUGUUAAGAACUGUUGGAUUAUAGUGUCUGAGGACGUUUUCCGAAUGGGAGAAGAUGGAGUCUGCAUGACUAUAUCGAACGAAAGAAAACUUGAAAAUGAGAAUUCGUCACCAAUUGAGCCAAAACGUGACCAUGAUUCUUUGGGAGAUGAUGUUGAAGAAGGACCUUGCACUAAGAAGCAAGCGAAGGAAGCUUUAGACGUUACUGAAUUGGACCCUUGUGGUGCUGAGAAGAAGGUGAAAGAUGCUUCUCAUGAUGAAAUAUGUUCGGAAGUUUCGAACCCAGUUUUGUCUCCUCAAGAUAAUGCUUCGAGUGUUCAUACAAUUAGUAGUCAGUUACCGGAAGUGUUGAACAAUAAUAAACAAGUUGUUGCUUGUGAUAUACUGUCCACAUGUUCAGGAAAUUCAAGCACUGAGGAAAGCCUCUCUGUAGAAGAAAGAAGCAACACAGACUUGCCUGGGGAGGGUUUGACUUCUAAAGUGGUUCUUGAAAUCCCUGAGAAUGUCAGUACCACUGGUAUUCGAAAAAUCACCUUCAAAUUCAGCAAACGAAAAGAAGAUUAUAUCGAUCAAAUAGCUCCUCAGUCCAUAUCAAAUGUUAUUGACAGGAAUUAUACGUCAAUGGAUGAUCCCUAUGCAGACGGUAAGGGAUUUCAUAGUGAUAGCAAGAAAGUUGUUCCGGAUGGAUACCCUACAAGUGUUAAAAAGCUUUUAUCCUCUGGGGUUUUGGAAGGAGCUUGUGUGAAGUAUGUUUCUCCAUCAGAAAAGAAAGAGCUCCCUGGGAUUAUAAGAGGCAACGGAUACUUGUGCAGCUGUUCUUUGUGCAACUAUUCUAAAACUCUUACUGCCUAUGAAUUUGAGCUUCAUGCUGGUGGAAAGACUAGACAUCCCAACAAUCACAUUCAUUUUGAGAAUGGGAAUCCAAUUUACGGUAUCAUCCAAGAACUAAAGACUGCCCCUCUCAGUACUUUAGACGAAGUAAUAAAAAAUGUUGCUGGAUCAUGCGUUAAUGAGGAGCAUUUGCAAGCCUGGAAAGCGAGUCUUCAACAUAAUAACUAUAUGUCUGAAAUGGGGAAGAAACAUGUUAAGGUUCCUGUCAAACAUCCUUCCACAAGGCCAAACAUUCCAUUGUCUAGCUCAGUUGUGAAGCAGAAGAAGACUGCUGACGGUUGUACUAGGAAGAGAGAUAAUGAUUUGCACAAAUUACUUUUCAUGCCGAAUGGUUUGCCUGAUGGGACUGACUUGGCUUACUACUCCAAGGGACAGAGAAUACUAAGUGGCUACAAACAAGGAAGUGGGAUAGUCUGUUCUCACUGCUCCACUGAGAUUAGUCCUUCACAAUUUGAGGCUCAUGCUGGAUGGUCUGCUAGACGUCAACCCUACCGGAAUAUAUACACUUCUAGUGGACUCUCCCUUCAUGAUAUAGCUCUAUCUCUGGCAAGUGGGCAAAGGAUUGCUACCGGUAAGAGUGAUGAUAUGUGUACAGUAUGUGGAGAUGCGGGAGACUUGAUACUUUGUGGUGGCUGCCCUCGAUCCUUUCAUGCAGCUUGUUUGGACUUGCAAUCUGUUCCAGAAAGUAAUUGGCAUUGCGCACAUUGUAAAGACAAGUCUAGCCCUGGGAAAAAAGCAAUUGGAGGAUCCUCAAAUAUUGGAGGGCCUAUUAUUAUACGAUUGAAUAGAGUGGUUAAAGCACCAGAGUCAGAUAUAGGUGGUUGUGUUUUCUGCAGGGCCCAUGAUUUCAGUGUUGCCAACUUUGAUGAUCGAACUGUGAUGCUUUGUGAUCAAUGUGAAAGAGAAUACCAUGUUGGUUGCUUGCGAAAUAAUGGCUUUUGCGAUCUUAAAGAACUUCCCAAGGAUAAGUGGUUUUGUUGUGAUUACUGUAGCCAAAUCCACUCAACUCUUCAGAAUCUUGUUGGCACUGGAGCACAGUUGAUUCCCACUACAGCGGCCAAUAUCAUAAACAAGAAACAUCAGGAUAAUGGUUUACCCGGUGUAAUGGAAAAUGAUAUUAGAUGGCAGAUUCUGAGCGGGAAAAGUAGGUGUCGUGAGCACUUGCCACUUCUAUCCAGGGCUGCUGCAAUAUUUCGGGAAUGUUUUGAUCCUAUUGUUGCAAGAUCUGGCCGUGAUCUCAUACCUGUAAUGGUGUAUGGGAGAAAUAUUUCGGGACAAGAAUUUGGGGGAAUUUAUUGCGUUGUUUUAAUUGUGAAUUCAACUGUUGUAUCAGCUGGCCUUCUGAGGGUUUUCGGGCGAGAGGUUGCUGAGCUUCCUAUAGUGGCUACAAGUCAAGAGUUUCAAGGAAAAGGAUACUUCCAAGCAUUAUUCUCGUGUAUUGAGACAUUAUUACAUUCAAUGGAAGUAGAAACUUUGGUGCUUCCUGCUGCCGAGGAUGCUGAACCAAUCUGGACUAAAAAACUCGGGUUCUUGAAGAGGACCGACGAGCAGUUGUGGAAGUAUACAAGGCAGUUUCAGAUAACCGUGUUUAAGGGCACUUCAAUGCUGGAGAAGGCGGUUCAGCCAGUACAAGACUAAAGACAGAUUUGUAUUCUUCUUCUUCUUCUUAUUAUUGUCGUUGGAUGCAGACAGCGGUGUCUUUGUUUGUAGCUAGGGGCGGCAUGGUAAUAUCUGAUUCUGAGCAUGGACGAGAAUUUGUUCAUAAAAAAAAAUAAAAUGAAGUGAAGAGAAAAUGAAAGGGAAAGUGAAAGUGAGAGAGGAAAGGGGUAAAUGUACACCACUAGCAAAUGCAUGCUGACCUUUUUUUUAUAAUCACAUGGCAAGCUAAUUUUCUCAUUUGGUACAAUUUCUGUUUGUAGACAUUUUUCUGUUUAGAGCUACAACAAUUUGAGAAGGGAUAUUUCAAAGCUUAAACAUUUGACUUUGGGAUGAUGAUGAUCUACUGGGAAUUAUACAAAUAUUAUUCAUCAUAA